AUGAGUCUGGAUUUCUUCCAACAGAGGAAAUCAGUUGCCAAGGGCCCACAGUUCAUCAACACUCCGGGAUGGAUACCAGGACAUGUUCAGCGAGAGGAUGUGCGACUCCGCCAGGCUAAUGUGAAGAGGCCAACUGUGAUAGGAGGGGCCCCUCUCGUGAAUAGGGUAUCAUACGGGAAUUUACAGGAGGCAGCUAUUGCUCCCAGGGCGGGCUCAAGGCGGACUGUGGGCAAAGCCAGCAAGAAGGACAAAGCACGGGACCUAGGCGAGCGCUUGGCACAUCAUGCAACGAAGGGGGAAACUGCGUGCCAUAAAAUGAAAAAGUCUCGAGAGCAUCGGAGACUCCUAUACCGAGGAGAUGAGUUCCUCAAGAAGACGUUGAAGAAUAGCACUAUAGUUGAGCCGAAUUAUGGUCAUAACGAACCGACACGUCUGCUGCACUGGGUGCUCAUCCCUCGAAAGUGCGUGAGAGAGCAUCUCUAA